AUGGAAUAUAAAGAGAAGCCUGAAGGUCCUUUUUUUGUGUCUUUUUUUGUUACAAAUUUCAAUGCAUCUGAUGAAACAUGUUAUUACAAAAUAAACGUAAUAGAUUUCCAUAAUAAUAUUUUUGAAUCAAAUAUAAUAAAAAAAAAUAAAUGUGAACAAGUUAAUUUUGGCAACAACUACAUUGAAAUAAAUGAAGAAACUGCUAUAAAUGAUUUAAUAGAGAAUUCAAUAAAAAUAGAAGUUUUCGCAAAAAAUAUUACUAGUGAAAAUAACUUUAUUUUAAUUGGAAGUGAAAGCAUAAGAGCAUUUCCUUUUUUACAUGAUCAAUUAAUAUUAGGAAAAAAUAUUACCAUUUGUUAUAAAUAUGAGGAAAAAAAAGGAGAUAUAGAAAAUGAAAAUGUGGAAAAUGAAAAAAAGAAAAAGAAAAAAAAUAACGAAAAAGAAGAAAAAAAAAAAAAAAAAAAAAGCAAGAAUAACUCAAAAAACGAAUUAGACAUAACAGAAAAUUUUAUAAAAACAGAUAUUGAUUUAAAUUUUCAUAUUACCUUGAAUAUAAAUUCUUUGGUUGGAUAUUUUUGUGAUAGAAACAAUUACAACAUAAUGAAUAUUAAAGUUGAUGGAGUAUAUAAUAUACCCAAAGAUGCAGAAAACAAAAUACCAAAAAAAAAUUUUCUUACAUUUCAAUUCAAAUUUCUAGACUUUUGCUUAAAUAGUGGGACUCUUGUAGAAGAUGAGCAAAAUAAUAAAUACAAAAUUACGUGGAAUAAAAAUGUUAUUUACAAAUAUAGAAAUAUAAAGGAAAUCGAGUAUAUUUACAACUUUUUAUAUUAUGAUUCUUUUAAUAUAAAUGGAUAUUUACUUUGUUUUAGUGAAAAUAAAAAACAAAAAGAUAAUACUACUACCAAUAUAGUAAAUUCUUUAUGUGCAAAAUUUGAGAUUAAUAUUUCAGAUGUUAUAUCUAAUAAAGUUAUUGAUAUAAAAUACAAAUUACAAGAAGUAGACACUCUUAAAAAUGAAAUAAAAAAUAUAAAAGAAAAUGAUGAUUAUGAUGACUUCUUUAUUUAUAAUAGUGCAUAUAUCCUAUUAACUAUUCAAUUUUACAAACCAUUUGUAAUUAGUUCAACAAUUGAAGCUCCCUUUAAAAUAAAUAACUUAAAAAAUGAUAUAAAAAUGAAAAAUGAAAAAGAAAAAAUUAAAAGCGAAAAUGAAAGUAUCAGCAAUUUAUUUAACAAGUUAAUUAUUGAGGGAAUUGAAUAUGUAGAUAAUGAGAUCAAUAAAUUAAAAAAAGAAGACCAAAUAAAAAUUUAUCAGAAAUCAAAAGAAUAUUUUAUAUUCUUAAAUAACUUGAAAGAAAAUGCUACUUAUAUAAAUUUAUAUAAUAAUGUUAAAAAUAUUAUGAUAAAACUAACAUACGAGAUAAUAAAUAAGAAAAUUUAUAAGAAUUUUAAUUUACACGAUAAUAUAUGUAGUGAAAUAGAGGAUGAAGAGGGAGAGGAAGAGGAAGAAAAUGAAAUAAAUGAAAAACAGGAAAAUAAUAAAGGGAACGAUGAACUACAUAAGAGAAAAAAGAAUAAAAAAAAAAAGGAAAAAAAUAUUUUCUCAGAAGAAAAUAUAAGUUGUAUACUUGCUAAUUUAUUUAAUUUUGUUUAUGAAUCAUCUAACAUAAUAAUAAAUAAUUAUUUUGAAAAACAAAAAAAUUUAAAUAAUAUAUCAAUAGAUGAAAUAAAAAAAAAAAAUAAUAUUAGUAAUCUAGAAAAUUAUUUACAAAAUAUUGUAAAGGAAAAUGAAUUUUUAUUAAAAGAUAAAAAAAAUGAAUAUUUUUACGAAGCAAUAUUAUUAUUAAUUUUUAAAAAAAUAUAUGUAUUUUCUGAAAAAAAACAUAUGAAAAUAAAAAAAGUAGAAGAUCAAAACAGUAACCAUAUUGUUAAUAUAAUAGAAAAUUACGAUAGUUAUGAAAAAGACAAUGAUAAUAAUGAUAUAGAAACUAAUUAUUUUUACAAAAGAAAAAUAGCAGACUAUGAGCUAAAUAAUCAGAAGGAUAAUUUCACCUCACUAAUAAAUGGCAUUUGCAAAAAAAAUAAAAAUGAAUGUAAUUCAUAUUUAUUUGAUUAUAUUGAAAAUUAUGAAGAUAUAAUUUUAGGGAAAAUACAUACUAAAAAAAAUGAAUCAUUCAUAGAAAAUACAAGGGAUGAAAAAAUAAUAUCUAUUUUUAAUUUAGAUGAAAAUAAGCAGAACAAAAAUUUAUUUAUUGAUAUAAUUUAUAAAUAUUGUAAGGUUUUAUUAGUUAAAAAUAAUAUAAAUAAUGCAAAAAAUAAUAAAGAAAUACAAAAAAAAUGUUAUCAAGAAUAUUACUUGACAAAAAAUAAUAAUGAAAAUUCUUAUUCAUAUGAAAAUUUUGAUUAUCAUAACAACUUUGAGUCUUAUGAAAAAUAUAUAAAUCACAAAAAAAUUGAUUCAUGUAUUUUAUGUCUAUCUACUUAUAUAGAGUUAACAAAUUUUGAAAACUUAGAAAGUAUUUUCAUUUUAAGUUUAAUAUAUUUAAAUAUACAUAAAUAUGAAGAAUCCUUAAAAAUAGUUAAUUAUUUAAUAAAUAUUUUAAAGAAAAAAAAAAAAAAAAAAAAAGAUGCAGAUAACAUAAAAAAUAAAAAAGAAAUAAACAUGAGCAAUUUACAUUUAUUUAGUGCCUACAACAAUAAUAAUUUAGAUAUAAGUGAGGAAAUGUGCAUAUAUAUAAAAGCAUUAUGUUAUUUCUUUCAACAAGAUUACAUACAUUAUUACAUAAAUAUAUGUAUUCUCUUAAAUACUAAUGAAAAUGAAUUGAAAAAAGAAUUUGAAAAUAAUUCCAAUUUUUUUGAAAAAGAAACACAUAAAUAUAUAGGCACAAAACUAAAUAACAAAGGAAAUAAAAAAAAAGAAAUAAUUUUGACAAAAGAUGAGAAAAAAAAUAAAAAUUCAAAAAAAAAAAAUUGUGAAGAAAAAGAACAUAUGAAGAAAAAUCAAGAUAUUAUUGAAGAAAACGAGGAAGAGCAAUCAAACAAUGAAGAACCUAUUUUCGAAAAAAAAAAAGAAGAAAAAGAAAAGGAAGAGGAAGAAGAAGAAGAAGAAGAAGUAAAUGGACAUGAAAAAGAAAAAAUUAAAGUAAAGGAUACCUCAAAGGAUCAACAAGAUAUAACUAUUUUGAAAAAUUUUGAAAUGAACAUAGAUGAAAUUCCAUUAAAAGAUAAAUUUAUGUUACUAUUUCUUAUAUAUUGCAUAAAAUUUAAUAUAAUAAAUAUUGUUAUGUAUAUUUAUGAAAAUAAAAAUAAGUUUUUAACAAAUUUAUCAUUAAAAACAAAUUUAUUUAGACAGUUAAUUAUAAAAGCUUUUUUUUCUAUUAAAGAUUAUGUAAAUUGUAUUAAACUAAUUGAAGAAAAAAAAGAAUAUCUCAAUAACUUAGACAUUUUAUAUAUAUAUGCAGAAUGCUUAUAUAAGUUAAAGGAUUACGAAAAAUGUAUUGAGUAUUUUAAAAGUUAUUUAAAUUUAUGUAAAUAUAAAAAUAUUCUUACAAAAAUAUAUUUACAGUUAAGCAAAGUUUAUAUCUCUUUAAAGCAAUAUAAAGAAGGAAAAAUCAUGAUUAAAAAUUCUAUGCAAAUAUAUAAAUCAAGUUAUGCUUAUCUAUAUUUAAGCUCUUAUUAUUUAAGAAAAAAAGAGUAUGUGCACUCAUAUAAGCUUUUAUAUAAAUCAAAUGAAAUAAACUUUUUUAAUCAUAAGUUGUGGGGAUAUCUAACAAUAGUAUUUUUACAUUUAAAUAUGAAAAACCAGGCUGAUAAAAGUUUAAAUAAUUUUAUAAAAAUGAAAACAUAUGAUGAAGAAAUAAUUUCUGAUCUGAUUACAGUAUAUAAAAAAUAUGGUUAUGAAAAAGAAGUAAAGUAUUUAUUAACCUUAUGCAAAGAAAACUAUUAA